AUGAUCAGUGUAAGUUCAGAACUACUCGGUGGCUAUUUCACGCUGGUUUUGGCGUUUAUGGUCUUAUUCAUUGGAUGGUUCGUGAUUACGGCGGGAACCCGAUACUGGCCCCGGGUGGAUGUACCGUACGUACCGGGGAAGCCAUUGGUGGGCAACUUUCUAGAUGCUUUGCGGCAGAAAAAGAGCACCUUCGAGCUAAUGGAUGAGCUCUACCAGAAUGAAGCGGUUCGAAAGAGCAAACUGUUCGGAAUUAGUAUUAUGCUGCAGCCGGCCCUAGUACUGCGGGAUCCUGAACUGAUUAAACAAGUGUUCAUCAAAGAUACGGUGUAUUUUUCAAACAGAUACAUGUGCACCGAUCGGAGAAGUGACCCUAUUGGGUACUACAAUUUGCUAAUGAUCAAGAACCCCCACUGGAAGCAGCUACGGACCUUCCUGACACCAUCACUAAGCUUGAACAAGAUUAAACGAAUGUACCUUCUAGUCGAUCAGAUUGGAACUGACAUGCUGGAUCACUUGGGAGUGCUUCCGGAGUAUCAACCCCGAACGAGACAAACCGAGUUCAAGGAACUGUGCGCCCGCUUCACAACCGACGUGAUUGCGAGCACCUUUUUCGGCAUUCAGUCCCGGUGCCUGAGCGACGAGGAAUCCGAAUUUAGAUACUAUGGUAGAAAAAUCUUCGAGUACGGUCCGAAACGGGGAAUCACUAUGGCGUCCUUUUUCUUCAUGCCCGAACUGGUGCCGUACUUCGGGUUCAAGCUGUUUCCACGUGACACGGAGCGGUUUUUGAAAACGAUCAUACGGCAGGAAAUCCAACGACGAGAAGCGAGCGGCGAAAUACGAGGUGAUUUUAUCGAUUCGAUGAUUGGUCUGAAGAACGCCGAUGCUACCAUCGGGACGAAGGAAAAGAUUCCCCUAAAAGACGACAUACUGGUAGCUCAAGCAGCCACAUUCUACAUGGCCAGUUUCGAAACGACAUCUUCAGUAUUAUCAUUCACCCUCUAUGAACUAACGAAAAAUCCAGAUAUCCAACACCGUCUGAGGGAAGAAAUCCGCUCGUGUCUUCAUAAGUAUGGUCCAAAUCUUCCUUACGAGUGUUUAAUAAACGAAAUGCCAUACCUAGGAGCUGUUAUCUCGGAAGCAGCGCGACUAUAUCCCGUUCUUCCAUUUCUUGAACGUCAAUGUACCCUGCCUGAGGGCGUUACUGGCUACAAACUUCAUCCCUUCCACGAUACCUUCGUCAUUCCGAACAAGAUGCCUGUUUUGGUACCAAUUUACGCCAUUCAUCGACAUCCAAAGUUCUUUCCCGACCCUCUACGUUUCAAUCCGGACCGUUUUUCGAAGGAAAACUUGAACAGCAUUGUUCCCUGCAGCUACAUGCCGUUCGGCGUUGGACCGCGAACAUGCCUGGGCUCGCAUUUUGGUACACUUCAGGUAAAGGUUGCCAUUGUAAGACUGCUAACCUGGUACAGUAUCAAGCGAUCAACUUUAACGCCGGAAGUGUUGACCUACAGGAAAAAUGCCUUCACUCUGCAUUCUAAUGAAGGACUUUACGCGAAUCUGGUGCUCGAUGAGUUGUGAAA